AUGAAUAGGGUGCUCGCACGAUGUGAAAUCUGCGACUUUUUAUCAUAUGAAAAUAUUGUUAAUGAACAUAUUCGAACAACUCAUGCCCCUGAUUUGGAAUCCCGUGAAAGUACAGAGGUUGAAAAUUGGCAGCAAGAGGAUAUAACCCUCAACAAUGAAGAUUAUUAUGAGGAUCAUGAUUAUGGCGUAUCUCAGGAGCAGGAAACACCAAUAGUGACUCAACGUAGCCAAGCAAGUGCAUCCGAGCCUCAAAAUCAUCAUUGGCAAGAUAAUGAAAUAAAGCUAUUGAUAUCACUGUAUGAGGAACAUAAAACAAGAUUUGAAGACAAGUCUACAACAAACAGGAAAGUUUGGCAACAAAUUGCCGAACUGAUGAAUGCAAAUGGUUACAUGGUCACAUGGGAGCAGUGCGAAAAUAAAUUCAAAAAUUUAAAAAAACAGUACAAAAAGGUGAUUGACCACAAUGCUGCCACAGGUAGAAAUAGAUUACAAUUUAAAUAUUUUGACAUUAUGGAUAAUUUACUGCAUCAAAAUCCUGAGAUAAAUCCACCAGCAGAAUGCAGCAGCCUGAAUGUGGAACCAGAAUGUCCAAAUAGUCCCAUCAAUGAUAGUGGGAGGAGCACCCCAUCAUGCAGUACACAGCUUCGACCAAAUAAUAAACGUAAGAACAAGGAAAAUGAGCCAGUUUGGUUUAAAAAAUUUCGCGAAGAUAUGGAUAAACGCCACCAAGAGAAAAUGAAAAUGCAAGAACGCUUGAUUAAUGUAAUCGAAAAGCAUUUAAAUACAUAAUUAAAGCAACAUGUACAUUGUAAAAUAAAUACUAAU